AUGGUUUCGGGGCCAAAAGUGCGACCACCGAGGAGCGGGAGAGACGGCGUGACCGAUCCCGCCAAGGGUACACCCGAGGAUGCACAGGAGGACCGGAGGGAGAAGCAGGACGCGUUCUUCGACAGCUUGCCACAGGAUCACCUCACCAACCCGGAGUUGGACCUGCGAGACUUGUUGGUGGAGGCUUUGAAGGGGAAGGGGCUCGCGAAGCUGUCUCCCAUCGCCUCGGAUCGGGAGUUUUGCCGCCGGAAGGCUCUCUUGGAGUGGCCGCGUGGGAUCCGGCUCACUGCUUGGAUCGAGAAUCGCAUCGGAGCAGAGGUGGAGGUGGUGCAUGGCGCCUUCGGAUCGGAGGUGGGAGUGCGCUUACUCGACGUCGGGGGCAUGGAGGAAGUUGAUCCAGAAGCCUUCCUGGCAAGCCUACCGCCGGACGACUUCACGCAAGAAGAGAAUACAUUGCGAGAAAAGCUGUUUGAAGCUUGGCGAGACUUGACAUCAAGGAGCGACCAGCGCGAUGUUAGCUUGCUCGACCUCGGCGAGCAUCCAAACGUGAAGAAAGCUGGGGUUUUUUUGCCGCCGAAGAUGCUGAGAUCUUGGAUCGAGGCGCGCCUCGGCGCGGAGAUGGUCCUCACCGAGAACGAAGCGGGCGAGCUCUUGGCCGACUUCGUCAAUGAGGUCGCUUCCGACGCCGCGCACUCGGAGGCGCCCCUGGCGCCGGCGGAUGCGCGUGCAGAGGACGAAGCCAAAAUUCUCUCGUUCUUUCGAGGGCCUUUGCGUCCGGAAGAGAAAGACUUGGAACGGGCUUGCAUUGAUGCGAUCAUCAAAAGCACGCUGUCUGCGAGCACAUCCUUCACAUCGUCCGGCGGCAGCACGCCUAUGAACUUUUCCAGUGUCCUCAACGCAGACAAGGCUUUCCAGGAAGCCUGGCGGAGGUGUAAAUCGAAGUGGUCCGCCUUGGAGCCGCCCGAGGGUCCUCUGGAGGUUCCGCUCUCACGCUGGGUGGAGAUGCGGGUGACGGACGUGAAAGUUUCCAGAGAUCCGUUUGUUUCGCUGAGAAGCACUGCUGUAGCCCGCCUGGGUCUUCAGCGUCAGCUGCAAAAGCGGCCCAACAGUCCCGGACGAGAAGCACCUCGAGCACUGAAGAGGCUUCGGGCUUCGGUGCCAGUGCCGUUGCCGUCCCAACCGCCCGGUUCUCGCUUGGCUGCUCGCCCGGCGCUCCCGUCGGCACCCUUCAGGAGCCUGGUCCGCCACCUAGGAAUGUCAGAGGAGGAGGAGGCUCAGGCCUCCCGACCAAAGGAGCUCGCCAACGGUUGCGUCAGGGGGAACGCGUGCCGUGAGAUCUUCCACAACCCCAGCGAGGUCCGAGCCGCCAUUGUGACUUGCGGGGGGCUUUGCCCCGGGCUGAACUCCAUCAUCCGCGAGAUCACCAACUGUUUGUGGCCCCUCGGCACCAAUAUGGCGACCUGCACUGAGUCUCUGACAACUUGCUGCCGCUCUGCCGGCUCUGCCGGCUCUGCUCUGGUGCCUGAGGUGAAGACCAUUCUCGGCAUGCAAGCCGGAUACAACGGGUGCAGUUCGCCGGACGACUUCCCACCCAUCCAGUCCUCACACUCAGUCGCCGGACCCAGAGCACAAGGUGCUGCCUUCUUGCCUUCGAGGCUUAAUGUCGACAAUGUGCGAGACAUCCACAUGAAAGGAGGCAGCAUCUUGAAGGCACGCGGGCUGGUUGUACAGUCUUGUACGGUGUACAGCCAUGUUGAUGGAGGGGCGGGAGAGGAAGAGAGGAAGCAGGCACAGCUGAGGCUAAGGCUGAGGUGCAGCACAGGGCCCCGGGAACGUAUGGGUAACUCGCGCAGCGGGGCCGGGCUCGUGUUGGAGGGUCAGAGAAAAGGUCAUGGACAUGAGACAAAAGUCAAGGGAGCAGAGUGCUGGGCCGAGGCGGGGCGGGGCGGAAUGGAUGAUCCGGACAAGAUCUUGGAUCAGCGCAAGCCUCAGCAUGUGCCUGGCGAAGCGAUCAGCUCGGCGAGCUGUUUCAGGCUGCAGAAGAUGGGCAUCAACAUGCUGCAGCCCGAGCCAAUGCAGACUCGAGAGCAGUUGCCUGCCGCCGAUGUCCUUGAGGCUGCAGCGAACUUGCUGUACAAAGCGGCGCGUAAGAGGGACAUGCCUUUGUCCAUAGUCGGGGUGCCCAAGUCCAUCGAUAAUGACAUCGUCUUCUUCGACAAGACCUUCGGCUUCGACUCGGCAGUCGCUGCGGCCUCCGAGGUGAUCCGCGAGGGCCCAAAAGGGAAGGAACGGCUGGGUGGAGGCGACGAGCUCGGAGCUGAGACCCCCGAGCGGUGCCGCCCGUGGCCGCCGUCCGUCGCGGUCCGCGUCCGCUGCAUCGGGGUGCGGCUGACGAGAAGACGUGAUGCUGGCUUUGUGGCCAUGCAUGCGGCGCUGGCCUCCACCAUCGUGGACUUGGUGAUGAUUCCGGAGGCCAGGGGUAGCCAGGAGACGGAGAGGAUGGAGGAGAUCAUGAAGCACGUGGAUACAACCCUAGCACGCAAGGACUUCAUGGUCGUCGCAGUGGCGGAGGGUGCUGGGCAAAAGUUUGUUUCGACGGGGAAGAAGGAUUCGACAGGUCACACAGUGUAUGGCGACAUCGGUACGUACCUUAAGGACCAGAUCAACGCGCACCUGAAGAAGAGUGGCGGACGGUCCUUCUACAUCGACCCCUCCUACAUCAUCCGCUCCGUGACCAUCCGACCUAACGACCACAUUUACUGCUCCAGGCUGGCACGUGACGCCGUCCAUACGGCGAUGAGAGGCUACACUGGCGUUUGUGUGGGGCCGAUCCACAACAUCAUCGUGGUGAUGCCCUCCAACCUCAUCGCCAGCCGCAAAAAGAAAAUAAGUGUUCACAGCAGUUCUUGGCAGUCCUGCGUGCAGUCGCGGCCUCAAGCUGCUGCAGGCGCCACGCCCCCCCUGCCCCCCAAGUAA